UCAACCUGUUCAGGUUGAAAUAGUUGGAUAAAAAACUCACGUGUGUCUUUCAUCGUGUGUUUUGUUUUUAAAUUUUUUUAAAAUUCAAAUUUUCUUGAUAUUUUUUUUUGAUUUGGGAAUUUAAUUUCACUUCAAAAUGACUAAAUCGGUUGGUUGGUCGAAUGAUGAUGAUAUUGUACGAUUGGCUGCUGAAAAUCCCGCUGAAUUAAAUGAUCGUGUUCGAAAAUUUCUGAAAAAUCUUUUUCCCAAACAUUGUGCCGAAAACAUUAAUGAUACGCUAAAUAAUGAAGAAAUUCUGAAAAAUUUAAAUGAAUUCUAUACAUUGAUCGAACGAAUAUCCAGUCGUGAAGAAUGUUUUGAAUUUUUUGACUAUACACUUGAUUUAAUCGCUGGUCAUUCAAUUAUUCGACAAAUUUUUCUACAAUCAUCAUUUGGUAAUGUUCGAUAUAAAUUAAUACAAUUAUUCUAUCUACUUUGUACAAUUCGUAUCGAUCAUUGUAAACAAAUUGAAAAUAUUGUUGAUUUCAUUCUUAGUUCAUAUCAUGCUACACUUUCAUUAGAAGAUCAAACUUUAAUUCAAUUAUUAUCACUUUUGGAAUCGAAUGGAUUGAAUAUGCAACGAUAUCAUCCAUUUAUAUGGGGUGAAUCUGGUGCACAAUUUUAUGCUGCAAAACAUUCACAAAAAUUACCAUUUUUACGUUCACCAAAUAUUGAUGAAAUAUUUCAAAAUUUCAACAAUAGUCGUUAUCUUACCAAUUCAAUAGCUUGUUUUCCGAUAGAUGUCGCUAUCGAUGAUGAUUUAGUUGUAAUUCUUGAUGGAAUUGAACAAUGGGAUCGAUAUGAUCCUCGUUUCAUAUUACCAAUGUUUUAUCAUUUUCUUUCCGUUCAAUCGAUUGUUAAAUAUCAUAAAUUUAUAUCAUAUGGUUGUUUAUCAUAUACGAUUACGGCAUUAUCAAGUUAUUGUCAACAAAUACGUAAUAUUGCCUAUCGUAUUUUAGCAUUAUUUUAUCAUCAUUUAAAUUGUGCCAGAUAUCCUGAAGAUCGACAAUUAUGGAUCGGUUUAAUAGAUUUUAUUCGUAGUGGAAUGUCCAAUGAAAAUCAACGUAUUGAAUGUAGCCAUACAGUUAUGUUUGCACGUAUUAUUGAAAUAUUAUUAAAUCCAACAUGUCUUUUAUUUCCAACCAUACGAAAUUUUUUGAUUCAUUCACAAUCAAAAUCAAUGAAUUAUCGUUCAAUACCCAUUGGUCUUUAUUCUGCAUGUAUAUCGAAUAUGAAUGGAACAAAUCCAAUAUCAUAUAUGUUACAUCAAAAAUUUAUUUUAAAUUGGAUGAUUGAUUCAUUACGAACUGACCGCGAUGUUCAAAUGUGGCAUAAACGUAAAGCCAUUACAGAUAUGUUAACCUAUUAUAAUUCAUCAUCAUUAUGUCCAAUGGAAAAUAAAUCAUUAAUAAUGAAAUUAUUACAAACGUUGGCCAAAUUAAAUGAAGGUGUACGGAUUCUUUGUCAAGAAUGUUCAAUUUUUACAUGGAUUAAUCAUCAGUUGAUUGUACAACCACCAUAUGAUUCAUUAAUAAAUAAUUCGUCAUCAUCAUCAUCAUUGAAUAAAGAUUCAUUAUUUCGAUUAUUAACAACAAUUUGGAAUACAGUACAUUUGGAAAAUCGACGUCGACAACAACAACAAAAUCAAAAAAACGAUGACAAAUCGGAUAAACAAACGAAUAUUUUAUAUGAAUCAUUUUAUUUUGAAUUGAUAAUGUUGUUGGGUAAAAUUAUUUAUAAAGUUAAUGAUUCAAAACGUAUUGAAACUUAUGUAAAUAUUUGUUAUAAAAUAUUAAAACAUUUACCCAAUGAUAAUUGUCAACGACAAAAGCAGCUGAUCAAGACAAUUAUUUCCUGUAAUCUGCCGAUUCAUCUGGAAACAAUAUUAUUAUCAACGACAAAACAUUGACUUAUUUUUUAUAAUAAUUUUGUUUUAUUUAAAUUAAAAUGUAAAAAAAACAAUGAAUUUCUAAAUACAUUCGUUCAUAGCUAAAAGUAAAAA